AUGUCUGAGGGGGAGAGCAAGCAGGCCCCGGACACUGUCCAGGAAGUGAAGCCGGAGUCCGCGGCCGCUGCACCCACAGGUCAAGGUGUGUCAUCCGUGUCUCCGCCGGUGUCCAUGGUGACCCAGCCUCCUGCUACUGCUGCCACGGAGGAUGAGGAAGAGGAGAGUGAGGAUGAGUCAGAGAUUUUGGAGGAGAGCCCCUGUGGACGCUGGCAGAAACGCAGAGAAGAGGUGAAUCAGCGCAAUGUGCCUGGGAUUGAUAAUGCUUACUUGGCCAUGGACACAGAAGAAGGAGUCGAGGUGGUGUGGAAUGAGGUCAUGUUCUCAGAAAGAAAGAAUUUCAAACUGCAAGAGGAAAAGGUCAAAGCCGUGUUUGACAAUUUGAUCCAGCUGGAGCAUUUGAACAUUGUGAAAUUCCAUAAGUACUGGGCAGAUGUCAAAGAAAACAGAGCGCGGGUUAUUUUCAUCACUGAAUACAUGUCCUCAGGAAGCCUCAAACAGUUUUUGAAGAAGACAAAAAAGAACCACAAGACAAUGAAUGAAAAGGCCUGGAAGCGCUGGUGCACACAGAUCCUAUCUGCUCUCAGUUACCUGCACUCCUGUGAACCUCCCAUCAUUCAUGGCAACCUCACCUGUGACACCAUCUUCAUCCAGCACAAUGGCCUCAUCAAAAUUGGCUCCGUUGCUCCUGACACUAUCAAUAACCAUGUGAAAACCUGCCGGGAAGAGCAGAAGAGCCUUCACUUUUUUGCUCCAGAAUAUGGAGCUGUUGCCAGUGUUACCACAGCUGUGGAUAUCUAUUCCUUUGGAAUGUGCGCCUUAGAGAUGGCUGUGUUGGAAAUCCAAAGUAACGGAGAUUCGUCCUAUGUGUCCCAAGAAGCCAUAAACAGUGCCAUUCAGUCCUUAGAGGACCCGCUGCAACGGGAGUUUAUCCAGAAGUGUCUGGAGGUCGACCCCAGUAAGCGACCCACAGCCAAGGAGCUGCUGUUUCACCAGGCCUUGUUUGAGGUGCCCUUACUGAAGCUGCUGGCUGCACACUGCAUCGUCAGCCACCAGCACAUGAUUCCUGAAAAUGCUUUAGAAGAGAUGACAAAGAACAUGGACCCUAACCUGGUUAUCGUUGAGGGCAAAGAGGGGAUUCAGAUGAAGCUUUCCCAGUUUCCUGCUCUUGAGCUGGACAAAUUUCUGGAAGAUGUAAGGAAUGGGAUCUACCCUCUGACUGCAUUUGGGGUCCCCUGUCCUCAGCAACCCCAGCAGGAGGCUGUGAAGUCACCCAUAGUUCCCCCAUCGGUCAAAACCCCGACCCCUGAACCCGCAGAGCUUGAGACAAGGAAGGUCCUUCAGAUGCAGUGUAAUAUUGAGCCUGUUGACGAGGGCACGAAACAUCACCUGACCUUGCUGUUGAAACUUGAGGACAAACUGAACAGGCACUUGAGCUGUGAUUUGUUACCAAAUGAGAACGUGCAGGAGCUGGCUGUGGAGCUCGUUCAGCUGGGAUUUAUCAGUGAGGGCGAUCAGCCUCGACUCGCAUCUGUUCUCGAAGAGGCCUUCUCUAAGUUUUACAGCCGGAAUGGUUCUCUCAAUCCGGUGACUGUUUCCUCAUAGCCGAGGACUCGCCAGGCCUUCUUUCAGCCUUCCUCAUCCUUUUACAGCAGGACUAGCUUUUGCUUCACCUCCGAGUUGCAGGAAAGCCUUUGCGAGGACAGAGGAGGAAGCUUGGUCUGACUGCAGAUCCCACAGCCUGUUCUUGUAUCUUCUAGUGGGAAAAGCUGCCACUAAGUGGUUGUUGCUUUAGAUCUCUUUGUUUUCCCACCAAAUACAGCCAUCUGCUUCUCUAUUAAGAGGAAAUCCUAGUUGCAAUGGAAAAUACAAAUGUUUUCAGUUUGGCUUAUUUCUUUCAGUUCUGAAGUAGUGAAGAAAUGUUAGAGGUAAGCAAAAAGAAAAAAAAAAAAAGGGUGGCAACAGUAUUUUCCUUAAUUCAGUGUUAAAAUUGUAUUUUAAACAUUUUUACUUUACACUGUUUAAUAGUUGUCUGUAUGGAAAAAACUUUGUCGUGUGUGUGUGUGUGUGUGUGUGUGUGUGAGAGAUGGUAAUGUAGGGUUAAAUCUGGUUGUCUGGUCCUUUAAACUGUUUCCUGAGCAGCGAGUGAGGAAUCAUCGUACCUUGUAUCACUUCUGGAAGGCUGAAUCGCAUCAAGCGAGUAUCAGUUUUACUUUACAGAUCUGAAAUUGUGCAACAUAUUCAUGAAAUGCAGCUGAAAAACAAUCGAAAGAGCUACAGAUAAAAUAUUCAAAAGAUCAAACUAUUUAUUUGUGUUACAUCUUUUUCUCAGUGUGUAUUGUACUUCAGUUCCAGCACUAAGGCCGGUGGGUGUUUGAAUGUACGCUUUUACUUGCCCUUUUUCUUUAAAUCACACACUUAUUUUUCACGACAAAAAGGUGGCACCGCUUCACUGCGGUCCAGCUACUAUAAGUAGAGAAUUGCAGCACUUAUGAGUCGGGGUUAAGUUAAUGAAAAGUUGUCUGUAGGUGACAUUUUACAAACAGGGUGUUGGUUCGAUCCAUGUGGGCUUCCUCUGGUGUUUAAGCAUGUGAUGGAUGAUCAUCAUUGAGGUUGGUGAAUGCAUGUAUGCUUUUCCAUGCCCAAAUGGAAACCGAUGCAUGCGGUAGACUUGCUUCUGGAGUUUGUUUAGUUUUUUUUUUUAAGAUUUACUGUGAUAAUGUACUGUGUAGAGAGACUUGUGUCAGCUUAGGCCUAUCAACCUUUAGCUCGAGUAGCUCUGACAUAGGUUUCCUUCAUGGAUACCUGAGCUAAAAUCUUUUGAGAAGUUCAGCUAAUUGGCUCAGACCGCUCUUUAUUUGUUAAGUGUCUGGGGAUCUCUCUGCUAGUUUGCACAUUUCUGUAUCCUGUUGGGAGAUGUCCUGUGGCUUGUUUCUCGUGUACACCAACGGGAGGUUAAGAUUUAGAGAUUGAAAUUCAGUCGGUGAUCCAGUCUCGGUGUCUCCAUGCUGUGACAGGGUCUGUAGAUACUGUGAGAGAUGAGUGUGGGGCUGCCUGGCAUGCUUGUAAACAUCUUGUGCACUGUAUGCUGGACACUGCUCUGUCUCUGCAAUGCAUUAACCCUCUUUUUUCACUUCCUGAAAUAAAAAAAAUUACACUGUCAGCACUUAAUGA